UACCAAAAAGAACUCCUAAAACACCCUCCAUACUUUCGCCCACUAUUUCCCUUCCAUUUUCCUCCGCAAAUCCGCCACUAAAUUAUCAACUUGAUAAGACCCCCGGUUCACCCCUAACAUCUGGUAUCAAAGCUCAGCUUCGACGACUUUCUUAAGUCUCGACGACUACCCGAAGGACCGGCGACGCAAACGCUGCACUAGCAAAGUUUCUGAAAAUUUUCCAGAAACUUUCAGCUCCAAAGAUUUGAUAACGGAGGAGGAUACACAAUUGAUUUUAAGGACUUCAAUAUCUAACUCCGAGAGUUGGAAUUACAUCAUUCCGAUCUCUGGUUGUUGAGAUAUGGAUGUCCAAAGAUACCUCAAAAAUCUGGAGAUCAUCUACGCCAAUGAGGCUAUCUUGCAAGGGUCAACUCAAAGGUGCUACAAGUGUUGUGGCUAUGGUCAUAUCUAUUGGAUAUGCCCAAAUGAACAUGCCGUACCAUAUGAAGAAUGGGCCAAAAUUAAAGAAGAAGCUUCACGUGCAGAAGUUUUAAUUGAAGAAACAAUUCGUAAAGAGGAAAAGAAAAGCUUCAACGACCAGUUUGUCAUUGUUGAAGACAUCUCUAAUUUUCAAGUCAAAGAUGAAAAUGACAUCUUCGUUAAAGAACCAGAUUCUGAGGUUGUGGUGGAAGAAACUACACUGGAUGUUAUAUAUUCUAAGGAAUUAAAUUCCGCGGAGUAUUAUCAUCCAAUUGGUGAAGAAGAAUCUUAUUUCAUCUUUGAAGGAUAUGUGAAGCAGGUUCUAACCAAGGCUGCCAUCAUAUUUUGGAAAUUACACUACGAGGUGCAAACUAAGUCCGGAGUGAACUUCAAUAUUGGUGAUUCAUUAAGUUUCCCAUUUGAUCCGGGAAUACUUUUAUACCCCUGCAAUCUCCCACGGUGCUGCGAAAGUUUGAGGACAAACUUUCUUUCAAGAAGGGGAGUAUGUUAUACCCCUGGAUGGCUCCACCUAAACCAAACCUCUCCUAAAACAUCCAAAAGUAUUUCACCUUGUUUUGUUUUUCAAAAUAAAGUCUUCCCGACCUAUUUUCUACCUAUGGCCAAAAAUAAGAAGUAAGAAGACCAAUAAAACCUUAGAAUGUUGUUUUCAUCCUUCAAAGUCUUUUGUUUACCAAAUAAAUGUAUCCCUUCACCCUUUUCCUUGGUUGGCCAAAAAUCCCCCUCAAAACCAACACACCGCCACACCCCUUAAACCCCACAUUUGUCCUGCAUUACAUUCAUACACUAAAGGCCAAAACCCACCCCAAAUCAUAGCCUAAACAAACACUCCCUUCUCUCCCUAUUAUGGCCGAAAAUAACCAGCCAAAACCCCCCUUCAAACCCAUGUCAUAACCCCAUCCUUGUUUCCCAUUGUGUUCCCCAACUAGGCUGAACAAACACCUACUAUAACCCAAGACACAAUGGCCCACACCCACACCAAUCAACCCUCCUUUGCUUCCCCCACAAACUGCCCAGGAAAUACCUCCAAAACAGCCCAUCCUUUCCCCUUUUAAAUCCUUUCCCCUUGGCUGAAAUUACCUCCCCAAAACCCACAAAGAAAUGGCUUGCAUUCCCACAUCCUAUCCUCCACUUAUAGCCGAAAAUCCCCACCCCACAAGUACAACCCUUGUGUUUCUUUUCUCCCCAACAAGAAGACAUCAAUAAGUGGUCAUUAUUCCUUUGGAUUCGUGUAAAGAAGUUGCUAGGAAGUUUCCUUGUAUUUGCAUUCAAUGUAUUAUAUAUGAGACCCGAGAGUCAGAGAAAAUCAAGGAUAUGUCAUUUUGUGCAUAAAAAAUGCUUCUUUUAUGUGUUUUCUUUGCUUACAUUUUCUUGUCUCCUCUUUCCCACCAUCCAAACGAUGGCAAUCUGAGGUCAGAAUCUUCGGUGUAAGCUAUGUAGGGCUGGGCAACAGAAAAGCACUAUUACUCUGAUGUGAUGAUGCGCCGGCGAAACUUGGCUGGCAUUCCAAUUUAUGUAGAUCUGAAGGAGCGUGAAGAAGAUAAAUUCCCUAUGCAUUUGAAUAUCCGGCUGUAGGAGAGGUUUGCCCCUAUAAAACUGAAUAUGCUUU